AUGGCAACUACUCAAAUGCAAACUGAUGUUUCUACACCCCAAAAGAAUGUUGAUUCUUCUAAAAAAGAUUGGCCAGAUCGGUGGUCUCACAUUAACAAAAUUUUAGAUCGACGUGGACCUUUCACAGAUCCUAGUUUUACGACUGGUCAUAGUGAUGAGAUUUUUCUCAAAAAUUGUAAAGUACUUGUUAUUGGAGCUGGUGGUCUUGGUUGUGAGAUAUUGAAAAAUUUGGCACUCACUGGUUUCAAGGAUAUUGAAGUCAUUGAUAUGGACACCAUUGAUGUGUCAAAUUUAAAUAGACAAUUUUUAUUCAGGCCUGCUGAUGUUGGAAGUCCUAAAGCAAAGGUUGCAGCUGAAUUUAUAAUGAAAAGAGUAGCAGGUGUAAAAGUUUCCUACUAUUAUGGUAAAAUACAAGAUAAAGACACGGCGUAUUAUCUUAAGUUCCAGAUUAUUAUUUGCGGUCUGGAUUCUGUGGAGGCACGUAGGUGGAUAAAUGCUACCUUAUUACAAGCAGCACAAGAUGAUCCAGAGGAUGUUAGACCUUUGGUUGAUGGUGGUACUGAAGGUUUCAAAGGCCAAGCACGUGUGAUCAUUCCUACAGUUACUUCAUGUUAUGAGUGCUCACUUGACAUGUUGAACAAACCAACGACAUUUCCAAUUUGUACAAUUGCUAAUACACCAAGAUUACCUGAACAUUGUAUUGAAUGGGCAUUUGUUUUACAAUGGCCUAAAUUGCGUGAAGGUGUAAAAUUGGAUACAGAUGACCCAUCACAUAUUCAAUGGAUAUAUGAGACAUCACUUAAUCGAGCAAAAGAAUUCAACAUUAAAGGUGUUACUUAUUCUCUUACUCAAGGUGUAGUGAAAAAUAUUAUUCCAGCAAUUGCAUCUACAAAUGCUGUCAUUGCAGCAUAUUCAUAUGAUCCAGCUGCAUGUUGUAAUGAAGCAUUCAAACUUGUCACAACGUCACAACCCUAUCUUAAUAACUACAUGAUGUAUACUGGUAACGAGGGUGUAUAUACCUACACGUUUGAACACCAAAAAAAACCAAAUUGUCCAGUUUGUGGUAAUCAAAGUGUUACUUUAGAAGUUAAUAGAGAUUAUUUGGUUGAAGAUUUUAUUGGAUAUUUACAAGAAGAUCCUGAAAUUCAACUGAGGAAACCAAGUUUAUCAAUGACAAAUGGAUUUAAGAAAAUUUAUUGGCAAGCUCCACCAAAUUUCGAAAUUCAAACUCGAGAAAAUCUACAGAAAAAAUUAACAGAAUUUAUAAAUGAAGGAGACGAAAUAACAGUCACCGAUGUGACCUUACCAUUUUCAUUACAAGGCGGUGUUUUCACUGAAAAUUCUCCAAAAUCACCAAGAAUUACUUCUACAAACGAAGAACUUCAACCUAGUCCUUCCAUUGCAACACAAGCUAAAUCAAUUAUGAAUCAACAAAAUAGUAGUCAAAUUCCCACCAAUGUUGACCCUUCCUCAGCACCUAGUACUCCUUUAAUAAAAAAUGAAUUUGUAGCAAUUCAACAAUCACAUUUACCAAUUCAAUUAGCUCCACAUACUCCCCAACAUAUCGUUCAAAAAAUUCAACAGGCUCAACAAUUAUCGCCAUCACUGCUUCACACUCCAUUACGAGAUGAUGAUUCAAUUUCUGCAUCAUCAACACCUCAAACAACGCCGAGUGGUAGUAGACCUCCCGUAGGUAGUGAUGAAUGGAAUCGACAACGUCGUGAAAACCAUAAAGAGGUUGAACGUCGUCGACGUGAUACAAUCAAUGCUGGUAUUAGUGAAUUGGCAAAGAUUGUGCCUGGUUGUGAAAAAAAUAAAGGUAGUAUUCUCAAUCGAUCAGUUCAAUACAUUCAACAACUUAAAGAAAACGAAAAUACUAAUAUUGAAAAGUGGGAGUUGGAAAAAUUAUUGACAGAUCAAGCUAUUCAAGAAUUACAAGCACAGGUUGAAUUGUUAAAGGCUGAAAAUGGAAGACUCAGAGAAGAAAUAGAAGAAUUACAAAAUCCAACAAAAAAGAAACAACGAACUGAAUGA